GGUUUUAGUGUCUUUACUCCCUGAACAUCCCCCGCAGCUCAGGUGCCUGCUCAGGCUUCCCCGCAUCCUCCCUCCGCCCUCUUAACCAUCUCCAACUCGGUCAUCGUGCCGUGUCAUAGGGAGAGACUCCCCCCGUAGAUAAACUCGGUAGGUCUGGCUAAGUACGGCAAUGGCCGGCUGUGAUUCGGGUAACCAUUCCCCCACACGCCAACCUUGAGUGAGAUCCAAGACUUUUUGUUUGUUGUUGUAAUGAUUUAUUUCUUAUAUCUUGUUCAGCUUCUUAUUUAAUCUUGUAAGCCUUGUUCCAAGUCAGACAUUGGUUGUGAUCUUGUCAGGUAAACUUGGACUAUCCAUUGUCUUAUACUUAGCUAUCAUGAGACCUUCAACGCGGCUUGGAAGCUUGAUGCUUCGUCGCGGUUUCGCCAGUUCGGCACGACGACUAGACAAUUACGGCUUCAUCGGUCUAGGACAAAUGGGUUAUCAAAUGGCAAAGAACCUCCAGUCAAAGUUGAAACCGUCAGACAAGGUGUCCAUCUUUGAUAUCAACCCUGAAUCUAUGAAGGGUCUAGAAACAGAGAUGAAGGCUGCUUCGACGGGAGCUCAAGUUGAAUUGGCAGCCAGCGCAUUCGACGCCUCCAAAGAUGCUGACACAAUCAUCACUGUACUCCCAGAGCCUCAGCACGUCAAAGGUGUAUACGAAUCCGUCAUCACAUCAUCUCUCCCCAAAAAGGACCGUGUGUUUAUCGAUUGUUCAACCAUUGACCCUUCAACAUCCCGCCAGGUCGCCAAGACUGUGUCUUCUGCUGGGCAAGGCACAUUCGUUGAUGCGCCCAUGUCUGGAGGUGUUGUAGGCGCCACUGCUGGAACAUUGACCUUUAUGCUCGGUGCUUCACCUGAUCUCAUUCCUCGUCUCGAGCCUGUCCUUCUCCUCAUGGGAAAGAAAGUGCUUCAUUGCGGUGACCAAGGCGCAGGUCUAUCCGCCAAGUUGGCCAACAACUACCUCCUGGCUCUGAACAACAUCGCUACCGCAGAAGCCAUGAACUUGGGCAUGCAAUGGGGUCUGGAUCCUAAGAAACUGGCUGGUGUUAUCAAUGUCAGCACAGGACGAUGCUGGCCCAGUGAGGUCAACAACCCCGUUGCCGGUGUUGUUGAGACAGCGCCAGCCAACAGAGAUUACAGAGGAGGAUUUGGUAUAUCUCUGAUGAAGAAGGAUCUGAGACUGGCUAUGGUCGCUGCUGAGGAGGCUGGUGCGAGAAUGGAGUUGGCAAAGACGGCGUUUGCAGUUUAUGAAGCUGCUGAAAAGGAGGAGAAGUGCAAGGGACGGGACUUUUCUGUUGUGUACCGAUAUUUGGGCGGUAAGGAGGAGCAGUCAUAAAACAGUGAGCUUAGAAGAAAAGGGGUGAUGACGCAUGGCUCGUAUAAGUUAGGUUGGUGUUGUCAACUCAUCCGUGCUCUUGAAUAAAAGAAUAGACCAAGAAAGAAUAAUAAAUCCAUGACAUGUGAUAGUCACUGAAAGGCAGUGUUACAAUGGAGAUGAAGCUUGUAAGGUAUCAUCAGAUCUAGCUAGAUCUCAGCAUGAAACAUCAAUUACACAUUCAGAAUCGGAUCGGUAGCAUAAAACGAUCCGAA